UAACAUAAAAUGAUUUUAAAAUCAAUAAUUAUUUUGUCAAUACUGCUAAGCAUUGCUGACUUACUCCAAGCGACUGUUGAUUUGAAUUUAUGCGACGAUUGGAUUGUCUAUAAAAAGGAGAAGUGCUAUAAAGUUGUACCAAAAAGGGUGACCAAAACCCAAGCUUUCCAGGAAUGCCUAACACUGGACCCUAAGGCCAAACUAAUCACCAUUGACUCCAAAGAGGAACAGGAGUUUAUCACAAAAUUCAUCGCUAACUACAGUAGCAUUACGGACAAGGUAUGGACAGGUAUGAAUAGUACCAAUGUCCAAAGUUAUAACAACUGGGUUGAUGGCACGCCCUAUGAGUACUCAACCCAAGUAUACGAUAACUACCGGGGUAAUCAUCGUAUGAUAUCCAUUGGGUUCUGUGUGCAAAUGUCGGUCAAUGUUAACUUUAUGGGCAAAUGGUAUUCAGAGCCGUGUGGGCGCCGGGCGUUAGUCGUAUGCCAGAAGCGCCAGGAGUGGACAAUGGGUAUAGUUAGCACUGCCCUCGAAAAUCUGACCCAAAUCGUAAAUACCCAACAAAAUAUUAUCAAUGUACUUUUACGCGAACGUAACACUAAUGUUAAGUCUAUGACCGCAAACAAACUCAAUGAUAAGUCUACGGGAACGCAGAAUAACAAUACUGGGGAUACCGAACAAAAUGAUUACUUUUACCAGGCUGAUCUGGGAACUACCACUUUUGCCGUACCUAUUGGCUUUAUAUACACGCAACUGCCUAAUCAGUCAGAGCCCCGGCUACUGUGGCCACUGACUACAUGGGUUGACGUAACCAAAGAAUAUUCCGGAUUAUUCUUUAGGGCAGAGGGAGGGGAGUCCCUGCCAUUUGGACAAAUUCAACCAGCUAACUAUUCAACUCGUAAAGUUUUUGCUACCGGUGCCGAGACUGGGACGGAUGGGGCGCUGAAUGGCAUUCCCAAGGAACAGUUAUAUGAUGUACGGGAGGGUCAGUGGAAUGGUAUGCAAGCGUUGAAUAAGAUAUUGAUUUAUACGACAAAAGGCGAGAAUAGACCCAUAAAUACGGCCAUAAAGUUGUGGAAACGU